AUGUCUGCACCACCACCUAUCCCAAAUCUUGAGCCAAUUACUGCUCCUCUUCUCCUUGGUUCUAUGUUCAAUUGGGGUCUGUGGGGUAUCCUAGCAUGUCAGACUUACCUGUAUCGCGUGUAUUUUCCAAAGGAUAAACCGGUGUUCAAGGCUCUGAUCUACGGGACUUUCCUUCUCGAGACCAUCCAAACUGCACUCUCUACACACGACACAUAUAUGUGGUUUGUGCGCGGGUUUGGCGAUCCCUCCGUUCUUGGAAAAACACUCAUCUCGCCCUUCGACGUACCUAUGAUGGGGGCGGUAAUAGCCUUGGUCGUUCAGUUAUUCUAUGUCUAUCGGAUCUAUUCAUUAAACAACUCCUGGGCAUGGUUUUGUGUCCUCAUCGUCAUGAUUACUUUCGCGCAAACGGUGGGAUCUUUCAUCGGAGGCAUUCGUGGCCUCAAAGCUGGCACGUUCGCAGAAGCCCCUGACUCAACGAGUGUGGUAUAUCUCUGGCUUGUUGGAGAGGCAGUUGCGGACCUGAUGAUCGCGGGAGCCAUGUUUUUCUCGCUGGUUUACGCUCGUAGGAGUACCUAUCGCUUGUCCCAAGACAUUUUAUUCAAGGUUGUCAUCUUGAUAAUUGAGAGCAAUACCCUCACAGCUGGAAUCGCAGUGCUAUCAUUGAUUAUGUUCGCCGGAUUCCCGAAGCAGAAUUGGUUCACAUGCCCCACGCUCAUUUUGGGAAAGGUCUAUGCCAAUUCACUUUUGGUGUCCUUCAACAAUCGUAUCGUGCUUCGCAAUAUCGCAUCGAGCGAGGUUAUGUCUACCACUCAGCCCAACCUGACUUUCAACCACCCUUCGUCUGACGUUCCUCUAAGCUCUCUCAACACCCCGACGUCGAGUUCCAAGUUCAACACCGGACGGUAUACCCUUGACUCAGAGGAAACCAUGUCAUUCAGCACCAACCCCUUGCACAAAGUUUCUGCCCUCAGCGGGAAGAGUCAGUAUGUGUAG